AUGCCGCCCGCAUAUAAAGGCAAGGGCAAAGGCCGCGAUGCGCGCCAGUCGCGUAGCCGCAAUACCACCCCGUCCAGCGCUAGUGCUCCCGUUAUCCCAGCACUACCCAUCCAAAGCUACCUGGAGAACGAUGUCACCAAGCACAUUGACUUGGCUAGUGUGCGGUAUUCCGAUGUGUUGGACCUGGUAUCCGCGCAGAACAUUCCAGAUUCAAAAACAUUAGAGACAUUGGUGGAGCACCUAAAGGGUCUUAGUGACAUGGCCGAUCUCCGUGGUGAGGUUUGCAAUGCGGGAAUGCGCGAGAUGUCUCAAAAGCGCAAGGAAGUGGAGGAUCAGGAGCUUGAUCGUGAAGUUCGAGAUCGCUCCAAGUUGAAACGUGAAACCGAAGAGGACGACGAUAUUCAUAAGGGUGGGAAGCUGAAGAAGCGGAAAGAACGCUCAAGUGGAAAGGAAGAUCGGCCGUUAAAUCACGGCGCCCAUGAGGUCGCGCGCCAAGAUGGAGCUGAGACCAAGGUUGAGGGAGCGGCUUCUCCAGCAUCGAAAAACUCCAAGAAUGCGAUAUCGGAUGAAAGCUCGCUUUCACCUCCAUCGAUGAUGUCCCCCAACGGCACGACCACUGCUGGCGAAGGCCCUCCCCCGGAACCCCCGGUUCUGAAACCAGUACCGAUUCCCAUCAACCUGAAGCCCAGCCUGCAAUUCCUCAAGUGCAAAUCUUUGGCGAUAACCCGCUGA